GCGUAGUCGCUCACAUCCGCUCGUCGUCUGCCAACGCUCUCGCGUUGCGUCUGGCGGUUUGCACAGUUCGCACGUGAACAAAAGCAGCGCUCGCUGCAUAUGUUGUGACAUCGCUGCGUGGCCAAAUUAGCGAGUGGGCGAAAUCUGACCGAUUGUUAUGACGUCGCGUUACGUAGGUUAUCAGCGGAUAAAGCAAGCGAGUGUCGGUUGGCGUUUUGUGUUUGUGUUAUGUUUUGUUGUUUCCCCUUCGCCACGAUCGCGAGCACGAUGAGAUUGCGCGACAAAGCCAACGAAGCGCGCUCGCUCGCUCAUGACCUCCCUCGACCGACGCGCUCGGUCGGUCGCGCCGCGCCGUUUUCUCUUCUUUCCUCAAACCGAAUAUAGCCGCCGCCGCCUACACUGCUGACAUCCCGCUUUCGGAGCCAACGCAUUGCCAACGCUUCUUCGGGAAGCCCUAGUGGGAUGUAGAAAACUUCAAGGAUUGUGCGUUUUAGGUGCGAUCGUCGCGUAAAGACCGCUGUGUGACGGUUCAGUUGAACAGAACAACACCCGCGAACCUAUCUCGCAGCCACUGGAUGGUUUCGUCUCUGCUACGCUCAUCGCGCCAAGUGGUCUUCAUCACGCAGGCAUUUGAGCUUGUCGCUGCGGCGUAAAGUUACUUCUGAUGAACGUAGCAAGGUCUUUAUGCCUGACUUCGCUGAGCAGAAGCUCGCGACUGCUCUAGCAUCUGCAAUCGGUUACAGGACCAGACGUGUACAACUCAUCGCCGUCGUUUCUGUACGCGUUAGAUGAAUGCAGGCAGCCCAGGAGCGUGGCAGUGACGAGCUUCGGCAGGGGGGCAGUGCCACUAGCACCCCCAUCUUGGGGGGGCGGGUGCCUGAUGCUACUGCCACGCCAUCACGAAUUGUGAGCUUCUUCUCAAAGCGAUCUUUGAAGCAGAAUCCCUUGAAGCGAACCAAGAGCGUUAGCAAGCUGGAGCGGGCGCGGCGAUCUGAAGCGCCUACACCGCGGCUUCGUGGCUCGCGCUCGCACGAGUCACUGCUGCAGUCACCUGGGGGCCCCUGGGGCCUGGAGGGGGCCAGACUGGGUCCUCUGCAUCCAAGCCUCCGAAACCACCCCGCUCAGGGACAGGCCUGGGGCCCUGCCCCGCGGGGUGCAGGUGAACAUUGGUUCGAGUUGGCACCUCGUGGUGGUCCGGCGUGUGUGUACGCCUGCCGAUCUCGGCAGCAGUGCCUGCACUGGUUGGCACGGCUGCGACAGGCUGCUCAGCCACAGCGGGAUGCCAUCCGCCGCACUGAGAAUGCUCUUCGGCUUUGGGUGCUGGAGGCCAAGGGCCUGGCACCAAAGAAGCGAUAUUUCUGUGAGCUGCGUUUAGAUGGCACACUAUACGCUCGCACCUCAGCCAAGCUGAAGUCUCAGCUCUGCUUCUGGGGGGAGCACUUCGAGUUCAGCCACCUGCCUGCCGUGAACACCCUGACGGUAACCUUGUUUCGAGAGGCUGACAGGCGCAAGCGACGUGACAAGAGCGUGGCUCUGGGAAUGGUGACUGUUCCCCUUGUGCCUGCUCGUGCGCACCAUGUAACCGAAAAGUGGUACCCUUUGGUGCCUGAGCUAAAAGGGCCACCCACCCCCGGAACAAAGGAGACAACGCCUCCCUCAGUGCGGCUCAAGUGGCGCUACCAGUCACUGGAAGUGCAGCCUUUGGCUUCCUAUCAGCCUUUCCUUCAGUACCUGAAGCGGGAUUAUGGGCCCCUAUGCCGGCUCCUAGAACCUGUACUUGGAGUGCGCCUUAAGGAAGAAAUAGCAACAGGCCUGGUGAGCAUAAUGCAUAGAGAGGAGAUGGCCCAAGAGUUCCUUACUCAGCUUGUCAUGGCUGACCUUCAAGACAUAGGAGACCAGCAUCUCACUUUUCGAGGAAACUCACUGGCAACAAAGGCAACGGAGGCCUAUCUGAAGCUUCUUGGGGAUGGCUACCUCCAGGAUACCCUUGGACCCUUUAUUCGAGAUGUUUUGGCAUCGAACUUGGACUGUGAGGUUGAUCCAGCCAAAGUGAGUGGUGGUAGUGGUGCUUUGCAGCGGCAGCAAGUUUUGUUACGGCAGAGAGUCCAGCAAGCAUGGCAGCGAAUUACUCAGUCUGCACAUUCAUUUCCAAGGGACCUUCGCAUGCUAUUUCAUGGCUACCGCCAACGACUUGGAGGUAAUACUCACGAAGAGGAGCUUUGUGACAACCUUAUCAGCGGUUCCAUCUUCCUGCGGUGCCUGUGUCCUGCCAUUCUGUCACCGAGUCUUUUUGGCCUUGCACCAGAAUAUCCAGAUGAACGCGCUGCUCGCAGCCUGACGUUGAUAGCCAAGACAAUCCAAACCCUCGCAAACUUCACAAGGUUUGGUGGCAAAGAGAGUUUUAUGGAGUUCAUGAAUGACUUUGUGGAGAAAGAAUGGAGCACAAUGAAGACUUUCCUCAAGGUUAUUUCGAGUCCAGUGAGCACGGAGCAGAACUCAUCAAGUGCAGAGGCUGGCAUUGAGAUCCCCUGUGUUGUGGACCUUGGUCUAGAGCUGGCCCAACUGCAGAUGAUGCUCAGGGAAUGCCUUCCACAGCUGGAGGGGAAGGAAGGUGAAGCUGCCUUGCGAGCUGCUUUGGAUGGUCGACCACGCAGUAGAGGUCAGGUGUUGUCCUGCCUGGAAGCAAACCCAGCACCGGCACCUCAGCCUCGCUCAUCAACCUUGCCCAGGAGUGCCCUGGCCCCAAGUACCACAAUACCUAGAGAGCUACCAAGAGCCCUUCCAGAUUUGCUUACCACUAUGCCCUCCGGACAGGGCCCGACUACAGUGAGCCAUGUGCUGCCUCCACAACCCGGAGGAUGCCCUCCACUAGCAUUUAGCAACCCAGUCUACCGUUGGGGGGGCCUCCAAGAACCUCAGCCAGAAUCUCUCACUGGAGGCGAGAGCGGCAGUAGUGGUCACAGCAGUGCAGCUGAGAGCGAAGGCAGUGGUACCUCAAGCCCUUCUUCACCACACCUCUGGGAAGACAAUUUUCUAGCAGCUGCUGGUGAGCUGGCUGGAAGGAGUCGAGAGAGUGAUGAGAGGUUUCCCCACAGAAGUCUUCGUGAAUAUGAGCGGGAGGUGGCCCAGCUGAAACGGCUCAUGGGUCAGCUGCAGCGCAAGCUCAGUCUAGCUGAGACCCAGCUACAACAGCAGCAGCAACACCCACUCUCAGCAACACUUGGGGCUGAUAGCACAGAAGAGCAGCAGCAGCGUCGACAAGAAAAGGACCUCCAGAUGAAGAGCAUCAUCACCAGGCUAAUCACUGUGGAAGAUGAGCUGCGACGGGAGCAGCGGGAGAUGCAAGGCAUGAUUCGGGCCAAGCAGCAGCUGAUUGAUGCACAGGAGCGCAAGAUCCAGACAUUGGAUGCAGCCAACCAGCGGUUGCUGGGAGCUCUUGCUCAGUUACGCCAACACUAUCAAGACCAGGUUCAGCUGGAGCCCCGACUCCUUGCCAAUGGUGCUUCCUCGCCACCACCACCCUCAUACAGGAGCAGCUCCUGCUGACGACAUGUGCCCAUCACAUUUACACAAGUGCUCCCUUGGGAAAAGACACAUUGUGGCCUCUUUGUGGACAAGUGCCUAAACUGCAAAGUACCUCCACCCUCCUCCGUGCAACACUUUUGUGACAGUCUCAUCUUCGGUGGCUCACAACUUAUGCAAUUUGAACCUAGAGAAGCCUAUCGGCAAGCAGUGCGGAAGUUUGUCUUGUGUCCUGCAUAGUGCUAGCUUUUGCUAAAGGGACCUCUGAAUGGUUGUACAAUAGAAGAGAGGUUGUAGUAGUAUUCUACUUUUCACACCAAGACAAUGGCCAAGAAGCACUACACAUGCUCUUAUUCAUUCAAUCUCCCAUGGCUUUGUAAUGUGUGCGGGAGGAGGUAAUGGAUUUCUUUCUUCUUGUAGGAGCCUGCGAAGUUUUUUUUUUUUUUUUCUUUUUCUGAUAUAUUGUGUGAUGUUAUGGUCCUAGGGAAGUUUAAAUUGGAGCAUUGUUUUCAGUGCGCCAACAGAGCUGGCAUAGCAUUUCACAUGACCACUUCAAUGUCAAUUUCUGUCCUGUUUCACACAGAUGUGAAGAUUUUGCAAAUUUGCCUUGGGGCACUUGUGGCCUAGUUUAUGCACUUAGUCUAACACUGCACUGCCUACAUAUAAAAUUUUUGAAUAUGUUUCUAUUGUACCCUUAGGGAUGUGAAAGUAAGGUAACGUCAUCAGUUUAUAAUGGACCAAACUCACUAUUUAAUAUUGGAGAGCUACUUUAAUGGACACCGGUGAUUUUUCUCUUUCUUCCCUUUAUGAUCAACAGCUGAAAAUAUUUAAAACUAAUGCUCUGACUACUGAUAUCUGACCAUAAAAUGCACUUUGUUCUUUCUUGGCCAGCAUAGGUAGGCAAUAUCUUGAAAAAACAUAAUACUUUAUCCCACUUUGGGGCAUGUAAAGUUGAAUAAUUUUCACAAGUUACUUACCAAGCAGGACAUUGAGUAGGAUAAAUUAUGUAAUGAAGUAAUUGAGAGUUUUCCCUUCAAUUGGCUUGCAAAAUGGGAAGCGUUUAAGCACUCUCCACAGCUUAAGUGUCUUGCCUUCCUAAUUUUGUUUCAAGCUGCAACGAAUAGUUCUUUGUGCACCUGACCAGCACUGUAGAAGGCACAAGCUGAAAUCAUGUCUGCCAUUAUCUGUGUGGUACACUUAUAGGAUGGAGAGCGGUUACUGAGCAUCCAUUUUGAUGUUGCUCUCUGGGAUUUUGUCACAAUUUCUAGGGUUAAUCGCAGCUGCUUAACACUGUGCUCGUACUGUAAUGCUCUUACUUACAGGGCCACAGUGACCAAUUCAGUCUGUAGGAAGAUGUAGACUAUUUGUUACUUGUGGCUCUUAAUGUUUUGUAAUUGUGAUUGUAAGGUUUGAUUUAGGAUUAACUGAGAUAUGACCACAUACUGUAUGGCGAGAAUUGAAGCCUGUAACUAAUAACGACCUGUUUAUAUAGAACUAACUUAACAUUGUUCAUUGUACAUCUAUAGUUUCAUUGCUUUAGGUAUAUUGGCUUUUAGUAUUUUUUUUUUUAUUUAUUUUUUUUUUCACAGAUGUCAGGUCUUUUUUUUUUUUUUUUUUGUAACUUGCUUGAAAUUAAAAGCUAUCGCUUAUCGCUGCACUUAUUGCUAUAUUGUUUCAGUGCUUUAGGUACCUUGGUUUUUUUAAUAUUGUUUGAUCCCAGACAUCUUUCAUGCUCAAUUUUUUUCUUGCAAUAGUUGGGAAGCUUUGACAGGACAGGGCUUAAUUAUCAGAAAAUUCGUUUAUUGCUAGAAAGCACGGUGUAUUGUAAAGGUACCUAUUGAAGUAUUUCUAAUAUCAGGGCAUGAUUGGCUAUGCAGAUAUGUAGGCUAUAGAUCAUAUAAAUGUAAAGAAGGGCACUUCUGUGGCGAAAUUUUUGUUUUUCUGUCUAUGUGUGUGUCCUGUGCAGAACGAAGUUUCCUCAGGAUUAGUUAGCAGUAACCAAAGCUUAAUCAAAGCAUGCCUAAGACACAUCAAAAUCUCAUGCAGUAUGUAGUAUGCUUGCAGUAUGUAUUACAGGCCACCCUAGUCUGUCUGUUACUGAGCACGUCUGUGGUCACAGUUGUGGUUGCUUAAGGGAACAGCAUUAUCGAUGUAUUUCAAACUUGAGUUACGCUUUUCACUUUCAAUAAUCAAAAUAUGCUGGCUUAAUUGAGUUUAACAAAAGUUAGCAAUCAAUCAGACGACAAUAAAAAAAUGUAGGGUGGUUGUGUUCUGUAGACAUUUGCAGAAAUACUUUACAGGAGUAAUGAACCUAGGUCUUAAUGCAUAGUAAAAUGGUUCUAUAUGCAUUCUGACAGUGAAUGCUUGUGCUAAUAUAUGUUCUCAGAUGAAUUUAAGUAGGCAGAAUCAUGAGAGCAAGCUAUGUGGCCUCCAAUGCCAUGCUAAGUCUAAUACAAGCCAUCAGUUUCUUUAAGUCAGGUAUACCAGGUGCUUUAUUUUUUCUUUUAAUUAUUAUUAUUCUAGCUGCGCCAAAUUUUAAAAAGUUGCCUUUGGCGAUAGCACAGUUUUAACCCUUGAGCUAAAUUACUCAAUGCGGCAGCCAUUACUUCUGUGAGAAACCAAAAUGCUUGAUUGAAUUAAUUGAAUAAUUACAUUAAGUAACUGUUUUAAUUAAUUGCAUUAAAACACAUGUUGCAAUUUACAAAUUGUAACCGGUGAGUUCGCAAGGUGUACCACUUAGAACAAGUUCUCAAGACUCCACCAGUUUCGAAGUAUUAAUCUUCAAAGUUUCUGACAAAGUACAUUGGCAUUCCAGUUACGUUUGUGCUUCAUUGCACAAAACAGUUUGUUUUAAAAAAAAGUGAGUGGAACAGUGCAUUUUUACGGCAAGUUUAACAGCACAUUUCUCUAAACUGGGGCCACCCUCUUAAUUCGUUCCAAGUCUAUAUGCCUUGCAAGCUCACUGGCCACAAUUUGCAGACAAAUAUGUGUGCUAAAGUCAAUUAGUGUGAUUAACUUAAUUACUCAAUUAAACAUUUUGAUUUCUCAUAGAGGUAAUGGGCUACCUCAUCAAGUAAUUUACCUCAACUGUUGGAAUUGUGCUAUCUGCCACAUGCCAUAUUAAAAAAAUGUGGUGCAGCUAAAGAAAAACACCCUAUAUCAUGCCUGGUACUGUUUGAGUAGAUUUUUCAUCUAAGACGUUGGGUAUUUAUUGAACUUGGACAUGUGUGCAUUAACUGCAGUGGUGUCUUUUUUCUUUUCUGUCACUUUUUUUUUCUUCAUGUGUGUGUGUGUUGUUUUACAUGGUAGCACUGUGUAGAGACCCCUGAAAAACUCUGAGAUGAGAUUAGUACUGCUAUUUUCUCUGAAGCCACAGUUAUCUUGGCAGAAUCGGCUUUCUUUUAACUUAGCUGGAUAAAGAUGUUUGCAUUAUUAAGGGCCAUAAAGAAAAGUUUUCUUCCUCCCUCCCCCUGCUAUCUGGCCUGCUAGUUUUAAUGCAUGCAACCAGACUAGCUCUAUGCUGUCAGGUUCCUUGUUGAAAGCUGUCUGCACAGUUGAGUUUGCCUUACAGCAAGUCUCUAAUUAUGAAUGAAUCAUCACAAUAUAACAGGGCUGCCACUAGUAUGCUUUAUCUGAAAUGUGCCUGCCACUUACCACAUCUGGUAUUUGCUUGCUUGCGUAUAAUGGUCUUUCUUGGGGACCUGAUGAGAAUUUUGUCAGCUGAUGUGUUCACUCAGGUGAAGCUGGUCCAUGAGAGGGGCUCACCUUGAAUGCUUCUUUUCAAUGCUUCUCUUCAUUUGUGUUUUGUAUUGCAUAUACACAUCUCUGUUGUGAAAGUUUUGCAUUUAGAUUUCGUUAUUUACUGUUCCCACAACAAAUUAUGCAGCAGUUAUUUGCUCUAAGGAAAAACAAAUGCCUUGUAUAUACAAAAAAAGAUGUUAUGAAGAAAAGAAAUGGAUGUACAUUAUUGCAAUGAAAGCUGUGGCAACACCUUAUUUUUUUGUACAAAUUGCAGCUUUUGCCCAGCUACUGCACUUCAGGGAUUGCUAGUGAAUAAAAUAAGCUGUCAUUUUUCUCUUAUUUGUAUAAAGCUUGUAUUGUUUUUGUUUUCAGUUUAACGGAAAUGUUGAUUAAUUUGCAGCAUACGUGUGCCUUUGGCAUGUUUGAAUACUGCAAAUUUUAGUUGAUGUUGUACCCAUUUAUUUUUGGGUCUGGACGUCAUCCUAGGCUUGAGGUUGUAUACCUGUUAUAUUAUGCCCACCAUGUGACACUGAAAAACAUGUUGUCACUCUCAGAUCGAUUACCAAAGAGCACCACUUUCUCUUGUGUGAAAAAGCUUUUUGUUCGUUGAUUUUCAUGGAUGCCCAAGGACAGGUCGUUGACAGUAAGAGCAUCAUUGCUCAUGGAACACAAUGCUCUGUGCUGUUGGUGCACACACAAAUAUGUGUAUUUUGACAUGCAAUACUGUCCAGAGGAGCUUAUAGAGAACACUAUACAUGUUAAAAGCAUACAAAUAUAUAAAUAUAUAUUAUUGUAAGGUGGCAUAUUGGGUUGUUGGUUGGGAUUAUUAUUGAAGGCAGUAGGCAGUGCAAACAACAAGUGCUAACCAAAUAAACCUUUAGUUGUGAGUCAGCACUUGUGUUUACCCUCUUUUUGUCCCUUGUUGUUAGCACUAGCACUGUUACCUGCCUUCAAGAAUAUAUAUAUAUAUAUAUAUGGGCUAUACAUAUUGAUUGAUUGUUGACUGCUUUUUGUUUGUUUUGUAGCAGUUGAUUAAGUGCACCUAUGCAGUCUGUCAAGAGGAGCACAGAGGUCAGGAAAUGGGUCAUGCAAAUUGAACUUUAUGCCAAUAGAUAUUGUGUUGGCACAUGUGUUCUCUCACUCCAUGUUCCAUGCGAGCUUUUUGUGUUUUCCACUGUCACUUUCAUUAAUUUUGCACAGAACACACAACUGGACUAUAACACUUCAUGUGCACUCAUUGUAUGUUGAAGAAUUGCUGUAAAAUACACUCCAUUCAGAAGUGUUUGAAGCAUUCAUAAAAAGUAACAUGAGGAUGCAUUAGUCUGCACUUGAAGCUAUAUUCCUUCUUUUGUUAUAAGAUUUUCUGCAGGUAUCAAGCAGGUUAUUGAGUAUAAUUAUGUGCGAAUUCUCUGUCAUAACUGGUACUACUGAACGAAAUCUAUUUGUUGCACAGUAAUGUAUCUGUGGGCAUGAAAUGAGCCUGCAGGGUCGGCACAACCAGAAAGUUGACAUUGGGUGCAGCAAACCUUUCCCUGUCUUCCUCUUUUAGCAUCUUGGAUGUAGCGAGCAUAUUGCUUUGUUCCCAGUGGCUGCACUUGUCUGGAAAGAAGCAUUGAGCAGCAGCAGGUGUGGAUGAUUAGCCAGCAAUCAUUUGCAACCAAUGCCUACUAGCUUCUUUACUCAGUUCACUUUUUAUCUUAUAUUUCUCAUGGCUAAUGUUAAUAAACUGACUCUAAAGCAUACCCAUGAGACCCAUACACAUCCUUGGAAUGAGAUUUCAACUUGUCUGGGCAGUGAACAACUUUCUUCCUUAGAUGCAAUGUGCCUUGUGCCACAUACCUGGGUCAAAUGAAACAAGUGGGAGGUGGGGAACGCUGCUUAUUAUAAGCUUGUAUUAAUUUUAGUUCACCUGCCACACAUGACUCAUUUUUAUUAGUUGGUGGCACUCAGCAUUGUAUUGUAUCAAUCAAAUAUAUUUAUAUCUAGUGCUGUGCAAAGUUUUUGUAAAUAAAUUGUCUAUAUUUUA